AUGGAGCCAUCGUGGAAGGUGGUCCUGCUGAUUCUCCUGAGUGUUCCCUGCUGGGCGUCAGACUGGAAAUCAGAUAAAAAUUUCCUGUCAGCGGCUGGCCCUCUAACUCAGGGCUUACUGCACGACCUUAGCCACCUCCUGCGAAACCAGAGUUCUCAGUUUGUAGCUGGGAACCAGGACGUGUAUACUUGCCACCAGCCACUACCCUCUUUCCUGCCUGAGUACUUUUGGAGCCUCCAUACCAGCAAGGUCACCUACUAUAAGGUGUACCUGUCGUGGGCACAGCUGCUCCCUGCAGGAAGCUCCGGGAGCCCAGAUGGGCAGACGCUGCGGUGCUACCGGCGCCUCCUGGAGGCCCUCAGGACCGCGCGGCUGCAGCCCAUGGUCAUCCUGCACCACCAGGCUGCGCCCACAAGUGCUCUCCAGAGCGCCGAGGUCUUUGCCGACCUCUUUGCAGACUAUGCCACCUUCGCCUUUCACUCCUUCGGGGACCUCGUUGGGAUCUGGUUCACCUUUAGUGACUUGGAGGAGGCGAUAAUGGGGCUUCCCAACAAGGAAUCCAGAGCUUCACGUCUCCAAACCCUCACUAAUGCCCACAGAAAAGUCUACGAGAUAUACCGAGCAAAGUAUGCUUCUCAGGGUGGAAAGCUCUCCGUGGUCCUCCCCGCCCCAGACCUCCUGGAGCUCCUGCUGGAACCAGCCACAUCUGCACUUGCCAAGGGUUCGGUUGAUUUCCUCUCUCUUGAUUUGUCUUAUGAAUGCCAAAGUGAAGCAAGUCUACCAGAGAAGCUGAGUAAAUUGCAGGGGCCCUUGCUCCUUGCUCUGCCCAGGAAGGGAAGGGGCCCCUUCUGUGGGUGGCGCAAGGAGCAAGGCCACGAAUUGCCCUUUCCUCCACUCUCCCCAGAGCACCUCUGUGCCCCUUGCCCGUGCCGCAGCUCACAGUGGCACCCAGUUUUCAUCUUUACUCUAAAACUCCAGGAUUGUCCCUCUACCAAGACAAACCCUGCUGGGCUGCUCCUCAGCCUUUUUGAAGCCAUAAAUGAAGACCAAGUACUCGUCAUUGGGUUGGAUGUCAGUGCAUUCCUGAGCUGUUCCGGUUACAAGGAAAGCAUGUCGUGCUCUCUGACGGAUGGCCUGGCCCUUCAGAGUGACAAGCAGCAGGACCAUGACAUGGCGGGUGGGCCCUUGUCCCCUGACUCAGCCUAUCAGAGGGUCUGGGAAGCCUUUGCUAACCAGUCCAGCGCAGAAAGGGAUAUCUUCUUGCGGGAUGACUUCCCUAAUGGCUUCCUCUGGGGCGUCUCCACAGGAGCCUUCAAUGUGGAAGGAGGCUGGGCUGAGGGUGGCAGAGGGGCCAGCAUUUGGGACCAAUAUGGACAGAAUGCCACCAGGGGCCAAGCAACCGCAGCGGUGGCUAGUGACAGCUACCACAAGUCAGCAUCUGACGUUGCCCUGCUUCGCGGGCUCCGGGCUCAGGUGUACAAGUUCUCCAUCUCCUGGUCCCGGAUCUUCCCCACUGGGCUCAGGAGCAGCCUCAACCUCCAAGGCGUUGCUUACUACAACAGGCUGAUCGACUCUCUGCUUGACUCACACAUCAAGCCCAUGGUCACACUGUUCCACUGGGACCUGCCUCAGGCCCUGCAGGAGCUUGGUGGCUGGCAGAACGAGACCGUGGUGGAUGCCUUUCUGGACUAUGCAGCCUUUUGCUUCUCUACCUUUGGGGACCGUGUUAAACUGUGGGUGACCUUCCAUGAGCCAUGGGUGGUGAGCUACGCAGGCUAUGGCACCGGCCAGCAUGCACCAGGCAUUUCUGACCCAGGAGUGGCCUCUUUUAAGGUGGCUCACUUGAUCCUCAAGGCUCAUGCCAGAGCUUGGCACCACUACAGCAGUCACCAUCGCCUGCAGCAGCAGGGACAGGUGGGCAUCGUGCUCAACUCGGACUGGGCCGAGCCUUGGUCUCCAGAGCAGCCUGCAGACCUGGCAGCCUCUGAGCGUGUCUUACACUUCAUGCUGGGCUGGUUUGCACACCCCAUCUUUGUAGACGGAGACUACCCUCCUGUCAUGAAGGCCCGGAUUCAACAGCUGAACAGACAGUGCCCCAGUACUGUGGCCCAGCUCCCCGAGUUCACCGAGGCAGAGAAGCAGCUCUUGAAGGGCUCUGCUGACUUUCUGGGUCUGUCUCAUUACACUUCUCGCCUCAUCAGGCAGGCCCAACAGGAUUCCUGUGUUCCCAGCUAUGAUAACAUAGGAGGCUUCUCCCAACAUGUGGACCCAGCAUGGCCCCAAACUUCAUCUCCUUGGAUUCGCGUGGUGCCCUGGGGUAUAAGAAGGCUGCUGCGAUUUGUAUCCCUGGAAUACACAAGAGGAAAAGUUCCCAUCUACCUUGCUGGGAAUGGCAUGCCCAUAGGGGAAGGUGACAAUGUCUUUGAUGACUCCUCCAGAGUAACCUACUUCAACAAGUACAUCAAUGAGGUCCUGAAAGCUGUCAAGUUUGACUCUGUGGAUGUUCGCUCUUACAUUGCUCGGUCUCUCAUUGAUGGCUUCGAAGGCCCCUCUGGUUACAGCCAAAGAUUUGGGCUUCACCACGUCAACUUCAACGACAGCAGCAAGCCAAGGACCCCCAGGAAGUCUGUUUACUUUUUCACCAGCAUCAUUGAAAAGAAUGGUUUCCUCACUAAGGUAGUGAAAAGACUGCCACCUUCUAAAAUAGCCGAUUUCCCCUCCAAAAUAAAAAACUUCAAUUUUCCAUCUGAGGUGCCCUCCAGGGCUAAAGUAGUUUGGGAAAAGUUCUCCAACCAACCCAAAUUUGAGAGAGACCUUUUCUACCACGGCACAUUCCGGGAUGACUUUCUGUGGGGCGUGUCCUCAUCGGCCUAUCAAAUCGAAGGGGCUUGGGACGCCGAUGGCAAAGGCCCUAGCAUUUGGGAUAACUAUACACACACUCCAGGGAAUGAAGUGAAAGACAAUGCCACUGCAGACAUAGCCUGUGACAGCUAUAACAACUUGGAGGCGGAUCUGAAUAUGCUCCGAGCUUUGAAGGUGAAGGCCUAUCGCUUCUCUCUAUCCUGGCCUCGGAUUUUCCCUGACGGCACGAACAGUUUUAUCAACAGUGCUGGUGUUCAGUAUUACAACAGACUGAUUGAUGGCUUGGUGGCAAGCAGCAUCUUUCCCAUGGUGACACUGUUUCACUGGGACUUACCGCAGGCUCUUCAGGACAUUGGAGGCUGGGAUAAUCCUUCCUUGAUUGAGUUGUUUAACAGCUACGCAGACUUCUGUUUCCAGACCUUUGGUGACAGAGUCAAGUUCUGGAUGACCUUUAAUGAGCCUGCAUACCUGGCCUGGUUUGGUUAUGGCUAUGGGUCUUUCCCCCCAAAUGUGAAGGACGAAGGCUGGGGCCCUUACAGGAUCGCCCACGCGGUCAUCAAAGCCCAUGCCAGGGUCUACCACACUUACAAUGAGAAGUACAGGCAGCAGCAGCAGGGCAUCAUCUCCUUGAGCCUCAACACACACUGGGCGGAACCCAAAUCCCCAGGGACCCCAAGAGACGUGGAAGCUGCUGACCGAAUGCUGCAGUUCAAUUUGGGCUGGUUUGCCCACCCCAUUUUCAGAAAUGGAGACUAUCCCGACGUGAUGAAGUGGAAGGUGGGGAACAGGAGUGAGCUGCAGCACCUGGCCACCUCCCGCCUGCCGAGUUUUACUGAGGAGGAGAAGCAGUACAUCCGUGGCACGGCGGACGUCUUCUGCCUCAACAUCUACUCCGCCAGACUCGUGCAGCACAGAACACCUGCGCUGAACCCACCUGCCUAUGACAAAGACCAUGAGGUGACCGAGGAGGAAGACACUGACUGGGUUGCCACGGCAAUGAACAGAGCUGCGCCCUGGGGGAUUCGGAGACAGCUCAACUGGAUCAAGGAGGAGUAUGGUGACAUCCCCAUCUACGUCACUGAGAACGGAGUGGGGCUGACCAGUGCAGCACUGCAAGACACUGACAGGGUAUUUUACUACAAAACUUACAUCAAUGAAGCUCUGAAAGCCUACAGGCUCGAUGGUAUAGAUGUUCGAGGGUAUUCUGCAUGGUCUCUGAUGGACAACUUUGAGUGGCUGUUUGGUUACACAGUCAAGUUUGGUCUGUACCACGUUGACUUUGAAGAUGUGAACAGGCCUCGCACGGCAAGAGCCUCGGCUAGCUACUACACAGAGGUCAUUACCAACAACGGUAUGCCCAUGCCCAAGGAGGAUGAGUUCCUGUAUGGAGAGUUUCCCAAGGGCUUCAUCUGGAGUGCAGCUUCUGCUGCUUAUCAGAUCGAGGGUGCAUGGCGAGCAGAUGGCAAAGGACUUAGUAUCUGGGACACAUAUUCGCAUACACCACUGAGGAUUGGAAACGACGACACUGGAGAUGUGGCCUGCGACAGUUAUCACAAGAUUGCUGAGGAUGUGGCUGCCCUGCAGAACCUGGGUGUCUCUCAUUAUCGCUUUUCCAUCUCCUGGACUCGGGUCCUCCCUGACGGAACCACCAAGUACAUCAACGAGCCAGGCCUGAACUACUACACGCGGCUCACUGAUGCACUGCUGGCCGCCAACAUCCAGCCCCAGGUGACCCUGUACCACUGGGACCUACCGCAGGCCCUCCAGGACAUUGGAGGAUGGGAGAAUGAGACCAUUGUGCAGCGAUUUAGAGAGUAUGCCAACGUGCUCUUCCAGAGGCUGGGAGACAAGGUGAAGUUCUGGAUCACACUGAAUGAGCCUUUUGUCAUUGCUUACCAAGGAUAUGGCACCGGGGUGUCAGCACCAGGAAUCUCCUUUAGGCCUGGCACUGCUCCCUACACUGCUGGCCACAACCUAAUAAAGGCUCAUGCCGAGGCCUGGCAUCUGUACAACGAUGUGUACCGUGCCAGCCAAGGUGGGGUCAUUUCCAUCACUAUCAGCAGUGACUGGGCUGAGCCCAGGAACCCCUCCAACCAGGAGGAUGUGGAAGCAGCUAGGAGAUACGUUCAGUUCAUGGGAGGCUGGUUUGCACAUCCCAUUUUCAAGAAUGGAGAUUACCCUGAUGUGAUGAAGACACGGAUCCGUGAGAGAAGCUUGGCUGCAGGCCUCAGCAAGUCUCGGCUCCCAGAAUUUACAGAGGAUGAGAAGAGGAGGAUCAGAGGCACCUAUGACUACUUUGGGUUCAAUCACUACACCACGGUCCUGGCCUACAACCUUAACUAUCCCUCGGUUAUCUCUUCCUUUGACGCAGACAGGGGCGUUGCAUCCAUUGCAGAUCGCUCUUGGCCAGUCUCUGGCUCCUUCUGGCUGAAAAUGACACCUUUCGGCUUCAGGAAAAUCCUCAACUGGUUGAAGGAAGAGUACAAUAACCCUCCCAUUUAUGUAACUGAGAAUGGAGUGUCUCAGCGGAGAGAGGUAGACCUGAAUGACACUGUGAGGAUUUAUUAUCUCCGUACUUACAUCAAUGAGGCUCUCAAAGCUGUGCAGGAUAAUGUGGACCUCCGAGGAUACACCGUUUGGACUCUGAUGGACAACUUUGAGUGGGCCACAGGCUUCGCAGAAAGGUUUGGCCUGCACUAUGUGAACUACACGGAUCCUUCUCUGCCGAGAAUCCCUAAAGCGUCAGCCAAGUUCUACGCCUCCAUAGUCCGGUGCAACGGCUUCCCUGACCCAAGAGCAGGGCCUCACCCUUGUCUCCAGCAGCAAGAAGAUGCUGAACCCACCAGCAGCCCUGUGAAAGAGGAUGUACCAUUCCUGGGGCUGAUGCUGGGCACCACAGAAGCGCAGACAGCUCUGUACGUACUCUUUUCUCUCAUGCUUCUUGGAGUCUGUGGUUUGGCAUUUCUAUCAUAUAAAUACUGCAAGCUCUCCAAGCAAGGGAAAACACAGCCAAGCCAACACGAACUGAGUCAUAUUUCUUCAUUCUGAC